CAAACCCUUGAAAUCUCUAACAUAACUCCCUCUCUGUGUCAUUUUGCAUCUGAUUUGAAGACGCCGUCGGCAUAAAGAUGAAGGUGAUAGCCGCAUACUUGCUCGCCGUUCUCGGAGGCAACAACACCCCCUCCGCCAAAACCAUCAAGGACAUCCUUGGCUCUGUUGGAGCAGAAGCAGAAGAUGGUAACAUUGAGUUGUUUUUGUCUGAAAUUAAGGGCAAAGAUAUAGCUGAGGUGAUUGCUUCUGGUAGGGAAAAGUUGGCAUCAGUACCUGCUGGUGGCGGUGGCGGUGUUGCUGCUGCUGCACCAGCGAGUGGUGGCGGUGCUGCUCCUGCAGCUGAGGCAAAGAAAGAGGAGAAGGUGGAGGAGAAAGAGGAAUCUGAUGAUGAUAUGGGAUUCAGCCUUUUUGAUUAGAUCUGUGGUUGCUGAGUUUAAUGGAGUUUUGUUCUUAAGUGUAAUGUGGUGUGAUUUAUUUCAGUGAUCAAAGACUAAGUCGGACGAAUUUAGCUUAAUAUUAUAGUUUCUUUAUGUUUUGAUGGAGUUAUUAUAUUUUCGUCAUUAUAAUGCAGCUUAUUUCUUGUUUUA